CCUUGUUCUACGGUACGGGCUGCGAAAUCGUCCUUGUCUUUAAAUGAAGUAAAUUCCCUAUUUAGUGUUGUGAAUCUCGAGGCUGUGUCUAGAAUGCAACAACCUUAGAUACGGACAAAAUGGAGGCGUCGAAAAUGGACAGCGAUGUGACAUCUAGUGGACAUGUCACAACCAGUCCACAGGAAAAGUCUGCUCAGAAGACAUCAAACCUCGAAGACAUUGUGUCUCAGCUACAAGUGAAUUCCCAAAAUGGAGAUUCUGUGGAACAUUCCAAAGAUUAUGCAACAGAGCCACCUAGUGGUUCAUUUCAAACUAACAAUAUGUUGGUUAUCAAAGAAGAGAUGAUGGGUUUCAAUGCUGAGCAAGUUGGUGGAUCAGCCGCGACAAUGGUACAGCCGGUUGAGAAUGUGGCUUCCUUCGUUAAUGUGAAACAGGGGCAAGAUGCUGAAAUGUUGUCUCGUGUAAAGGGCACGAUGACAAAAUGUGGCAUUGGGAGUGUCAAAAACCUUGUUGAAAAGGUGGACAAUUGUGAGGAGUUCGAGAUAACGCUUGCAGACCAGGACGCAUCAGAUGAUGCUGCAUUGAACAGUGCUGAAUGUGGCUUGUCGUCACAGAGUGAUGACGUCAACCCCACAGUUUGCAAUCAGUUGGAUGGGGCUGCUGUACCGGUUGGAAACAUGUUCGGAGUUGGUAAAACUACAUUCGGAAUGAAUAGCUCUGGUUCCUUGGGUGCAGGGUCUUCUCAAAUCGGGUCCUUACAAUUUGAAUCAUCUCGCCUUGGUCUGAUGGACGAGGUGGUCAAUUCAGUCAUCACUGCAUCUCUUGAUUCCGGCCAAUGCUGUCGCUGCAAUGAGACAUUCUCUACACCAUUCCAAUUGAAUGAGCAUGAACAAUCUACACACAACAUCAAGAAAGUUUACGACUGUAUCGAAUGCCCAUACUGGUCGGAAUCAAUUGAGGAUUUACAGCGCCAUCUUGCAGUGCAUGAAGCAAUCGCGAAAUCGCCACAUUCUCACGUUACGAGUCCUCAUUGCAUGGAUUGUUUAGACGUGUUUGUUUCAAAGGAGGAUCUGAGUGCACAUAAGUGCCAUGUUUACAAACACGCAAUGAUGGUCAAGGUCGGGAAGAAAGCAGAGGCCGAAACGUUGUCAAGUCUGGAGGAGAAGAUUUCUGAUGACGCUUCUUUGAAUCUGCCGCUGAGCUGUUUGGUUUGUGCGGCGAAAUUUGACGCACUUUUCCUGCGGGAUUACCAUUAUAAGUCGGUGCACAAGGUUGCUAAAGUUUAUCACUGCGGUUCAUGUUCUUAUGGAGCAGCAGCAUAUCGUGAGAUUGAUCGUCAUCAGCGCAUGCAUCAAAUGUUGGCGGGAAAACCACCGCCUUUUUUGUGUAAGUUAUGCAGCGAUAUCUACACCCACAAACAUACUUUUGAGCGUCAUAUGAUUCAGGACCAUGCACCAAAGCCACCUGUUGGCUUAUUGAAAACCAAAAUUAUGUCGAUUGACUCUUUGAAGGAAAGGCCUGAAAGUGCCGCGUCAGUGAAAAAGGUCUUGCACUGUGCGGUUAAGGAGUGCAAAGCUGUGUUUAGGAUUUCUACAGAUCUUGAUCAACAUUAUGCGCAAAAACACGGAAUGCAGCAGCCGUAUGGUUGCCGCAAGUGUAAGUUUCGGACCGGCGCUUAUGCUACGCUUGAGAAGCAUAUAGCUGACCAUUUUAAAACCAAAGACAGCCUACCAACAACUCGACCAGUAGUGCAAAGACAGCGGAAAAUGAAGAUGGCGAGUGUUACUGAUCCCGUGAGCGGAGAAGUUAAACAGGUCCCGGCAACAGAUCCAGGCUCCAAGGACAAGAAUACGAAACCAAAGAAGAAGCGUUUUCUAAAUGUUGAUGACCCUGACCCAAUGGAAUUCAUAAAAACAUUCUACUUUUGCUAUUUCUGUUCUGAUAAGUUUGCUGAGCAAGAAACAUUGGAUGAGCACAUCCAGAGUGUCCAUGAGGGAGAGAAAACAUUUGAUUGUCCGCAGUGUGAGUUUAGAUCAUGGGAUGAAUCUGGUCUGAAAUCACAUAUGAAGUUCCACCGGUACCGUAAUGAAAAGACACAUUUUAGGUGCCAGGAGUGCGGUGCUUAUAUGUACUCGAGUGCAGACUUCGAGCACCAUCAUGUGACUGUCCAUGACAACCUUAAACCGUACAAGUGUCGAGUAUGUGGGUUUGAAUGUGCAAAAAACGGUUUGUUCAAAGGACACAUCCGCCGCCACACCAGGCCACAUGUGUGCCAACUUUGUCCGAUGCGUUACGCCGAGAAUUGCGAUUUGCGCCAGCAUAUGUUGUCACAUGAACCAGAACUCCCGUUCAAAUGUGAAACUUGUGGCAAAACAUUCAAGAGGCAGCGAUUGGUUGAAGUUCACGCAAAAAUUCAUACCGGUGAAAAGGAUUAUUCUUGCGAUAUUUGCGAUAAAAAGUAUCACUCGCGUUCUGGUUUAACGACUCAUAAGAACUCUAAACACCGUGGCGGAAAAACUUAUAUGUGUGAACAAUGUGGGAAAUGUUUUCCGACAUCGGGACAUAUGGCGCGCCACCGCACUACACAUAGUGAGGAAAAGACGUUUGCAUGCCAUAUUUGUGAGAAAAAGUUCAAACGACGGGAACAUUUGAAAUGUCAUGUCCGCAUGCACACGGGCGAGAAACCAUACGUUUGCGAUUAUAAUAACUGCGGAAAAAGUUUCAAACAAAUUUGCGGUUUGCACGCACAUCAAAAAAUUCACACUGGGGAAAAACCUUACAUAUGCAAACAAUGCAACAAAGCAUUUACAUAUUCAAGUAGCAUCAAAAAUGGCGCUUGUACGCAGUGUCAACCGAGGUCGGAGAAAUGGAAAUAUAAGAGAAAGCGGAAGAAACGUAAGCUUAGCGAUUUUGAUUCCGAGUCGGAAUCUGACGCGCCGAAACGGAAAUCGUCACGACGCAAGCCAAGAGGGAAACGGAGUGAUGACUAUGAUUAUGGUUCUUCUGAUUUUUCCGAUUCAGAAUUCGAAGAGAAGGUUGCGCAACCGUUUGGUUGUGAUAGGUGUGAUUUGAGAUUUGAGCACCAGGAGGCGUUGGAUUCCCAUAAGGUGUUGCAUGGGAAGAAUGAAUAUGGGAUGCUACAUUCCGAAACAGAUGUUCUCAACUCACUGAUGGUGAAAUCUUGAAAAAGUUUACCAAGAGUUUAUUAGACACAUAUUGCAUGUAAAUGUCUUUAUUUGUAUCUUCAUGGUAUGGAAAACUAUAUGUCAUAUGGAUAUCAGACUCCUAGGCAGUCUAUUUUGUCAUCCUGGUCGUCCUUCCUUACCGGGUGACGGGACGAGGCAUUUGUAUAAUGUAUCUAUGAAGGAAGUGUGCUGUGCUGAUGGUUUUCAACAUCCAAUGUACCUGCUCCUUUUCACAUAAGUAUGUUACAGAUAUCAAACUGAGAACUAUUGCUGUAAUUGAGGAAUGAAUCAUUAUAC